UAACAGCCUGCUAGUCUCUGCUUCUCUACUGCAGAAGACAGAGCGAUAUUUGUGUUCCCAUAUCAUGUUGUAAAAUGCAUGAGAUUUUGCUCUUCCUCCUUGGAAAUGAGAAUAGGAAAAUGAGAGCAUCCUGAAGCAGAAGCUAUUAGAAGAGCAUGCAGAAACCUGCAGCGAUUUCUGCUUUAUUUUGUCUUCCUAGCUAUGGAUUAGAAGGACUGAUUUUUGCAAUGGGCUUUUUCCAUAAUGGCAUUCUUGUAUUGUUUGGUCAGAGAUUGCACAGGAGGAAAACAGGCUGCUGAAUUUAGUCACUGAUCUCUAUUAGCCGUGGCCUAAGGCUAUGCUGAGAUUUAUAUCCCAUUUGUAUUGUUGCAGCUCAAAAGAAGAAUGUUCAGAGGAUGACAAGUGUAUUCUGAGUAGAUCCCUGGUGGAAGAGGAGGAUCCUCAUAUGAAAGUGUCUCUUGGCAGCAGCGAUAUGGGCGUCUCUGCCCACCUGCAGUCUUCGAAGACAGGAACCACCAGGUUUUUCACCAGCAAUACUCACAGUUCUGUGGUGUUACAGGGCUUUGACCAGCUGCGGGUGGAAGGUUUGCUCUGUGACGUGACGCUCGUUCCUGGAGAUGGUGAUGAGGUGUUCCCUGUGCACAGAGCAAUGAUGGCUUCUGCAAGUGAUUACUUCAAGGCCAUGUUCACAGGAGGAAUGAAGGAACAAGAUUUAAUGUGCAUUAAGCUUCAUGGUGUGAACAAAAUAGGCCUAAAGAAGAUCAUUGAUUUCAUCUAUACUGCAAAACUUUCCCUUAAUAUGGACAACCUUCAGGACACACUGGAAGCUGCCAGUUUUUUGCAGAUUUUACCUGUUUUGGACUUCUGUAAAGUAUUUCUUAUCUCUGGGGUUUCAUUGGAAAACUGUGUUGAGGUUGGGCGAAUUGCCAACACAUACAACCUCACAGAAGUGGAUAAAUAUGUUAAUAAUUUCAUCCUGAAGAACUUCCCUGCGUUAUUAAGUACUGGUGAAUUUGUGAAACUCCCCUUUGAACGUCUUGCCUUCGUGCUUUCAAGUAAUAGCCUUAAGCACUGCACUGAACUGGAGCUCUUCAAGGCGGCGUGUCGCUGGCUGCGCUACGAGGAGCCUCGCAUGGAGUACGCCGCCAAGCUCAUGAAGAACAUCAGGUUUCCCCUGAUGACACCCCAGGAUCUUAUCAACUACGUUCAGACAGUGGACUUCAUGAGGACUGACAACACCUGCGUCAACUUGCUGCUGGAGGCCAGCAACUACCAGAUGAUGCCGUACAUGCAGCCGGUGAUGCAGUCGGAGCGGACGGCGAUCCGCUCGGACAGCACGCACCUGGUGACGCUGGGCGGGGUGCUGAGGCAGCAGCUGGUGGUCAGCAAGGAGCUGCGCAUGUACGACGAGAAGGCCCACGAGUGGAAGUCCCUGGCGCCCAUGGACGCGCCGCGCUACCAGCACGGCAUCGCCGUCAUCGGCAACUUCCUCUACGUGGUGGGCGGCCAGAGCAACUACGACACCAAGGGCAAGACGGCGGUGGACACGGUCUUCAGGUUUGAUCCGCGCUACAACAAGUGGAUGCAAGUGGCAUCUCUAAACGAGAAACGGACCUUCUUCCACCUAAGUGCCCUCAAAGGACAUUUGUAUGCAGUCGGAGGUCGGAACGCGGCAGGCGAGCUAGCCACUGUGGAAUGUUACAACCCCAGAAUGAACGAGUGGAGCUACGUGGCGAAAAUGAACGAGCCCCACUAUGGUCACGCUGGAACCGUCUAUGGGGGGUUAAUGUACAUUUCAGGGGGAAUCACCCACGAUACUUUCCAAAAGGAACUCAUGUGCUUUGACCCUGACACAGACAAAUGGACUCAGAAAGCUCCCAUGACGACGGUCAGAGGUCUGCAUUGCAUGUGUACUGUAGGAGACAAGCUGUAUGUUAUUGGUGGCAAUCACUUUAGAGGAACAAGUGAUUAUGAUGAUGUUCUAAGCUGUGAAUAUUACUCACCAACUCUAGACCAGUGGACUCCAAUUGCCGCCAUGUUACGUGGGCAAAGCGAUGUCGGGGUUGCUGUCUUUGAAAAUAAAAUCUAUGUUGUUGGAGGAUAUUCUUGGAAUAACCGGUGCAUGGUGGAAAUAGUUCAGAAGUAUGAUCCAGAAAAAGAUGAGUGGCAUAAAGUGUUUGACCUUCCAGAAUCCCUUGGUGGCAUUCGAGCCUGCACUCUGACAGUUUUCCCUCCAGAGGACAACACAGGGUCACCGUCCAGGGAGUCUCCUCUGUCAGCACCUUAGACCCAUCCCUUGGCUCGCCGUUGUAGUAACACCUUUGCACUGCAUCAUGGGUCUGUCAUUUUCCUUCAGUAGUUUCUGUUAGGCUUAGCCUACAGCAUUUCAUACAAUUACUGGAAUAAAAAAAUAAGGACUUUGACAUUAUUUGUGCUGUUUGUUUGGCCUAGAAUGUCUCUGAAGUGGUUGACGAAAAAAGUUGUACUCGCCCGAGCCAAAUGUUUAACAAAUGAGAGGGUAUUGUCUAUAAAAUGUAUGAACUAGGUACGUUAUUAAUGUUGUAUGUUGGGUGUGAGGUACCUUGUAGCUUGCAUUUGGGAGCCCAGUGAGUCAAAUUUGUAUUGAACAUGUCACUGAAUUUCAUGUUGAAAUCCUUUUUCCUUUCAUUUUUGACUGCAGAUCACAAGGGUAGGUAGACCACAUCAAUGUGAACUCUCUGAAGGUUGCCAAGGGGCCUGAGCUACCUCCCUCUUUACACAGAGUAUUUUUGACAUAUCUGUUUACCCACCUGACUUUGUGGGUGCUUUCAGAGCAUAUGAAGUUUCUUAGGCAGAGGGAAGAAAUAAAAUAAUUUUAAAAUAUUAGCACUGUACAGGAGUGGACCUUGUAGAGGCCGGGAGUUUUUUAUAACAUAUAUCGAGUGUUUUUCCUGAGUCAGUUGAAUGAUGCUUCAAACAAAAUAUCCUAAAUAUAUUUGUGUUUUUUAAUUUGUUUUUUUUCAGGAAUUGGCUUCCUCUUGCAUGGGAGCACACACUAUUAACAAAUGGGAAUUCAGUGCAGUUGUGUAUCCUUUGCUAUGGCUGUACUGAAAAUGGGUAGUUAAGGGCUAGAAUCAGUAACUUAAGCCACUGAAUUUGACCAAAUGGUUCCAUCAGAUCAAAUUUAAUCUACCUUUUCUCCUUUGCUGUUGAGAUAACUUGCAUAAUGUGUCCUCUGUAUAGUCUCAGUUAAUAAGGUUAUUUAGCACAAAGUGCAGCUUCAGUGAGAGAGCUGCUUUUGCUCAGUGAACCUGGACUACCACAUUUUACCUUCUUUUGUUCAAUAAAACUUUUAACUGCAGUUACCCAGUCUAAGCUACCUCAUUAAUGUAUUUGGUUUUUUCCUCUGCCUCACUGUCUCCAGGAUACGUGUGACGUAUAUCCACGUGGGUAGGUGAACCUGCAGGAAACCAAUGCACAAGUGAUCAUGAAUGGGUAUUUUUUGACCUACUUUUAAGAAACUAUUUUGGUCUGAUGUGUUCAUUUUAUUGUUAGGGACUGAUGAAAAACCAGUCUUAAUGUUUUUUCCUUGGAGAGCUGCUUAUGUGUGUAGCCCUGCAAAUUCACAGGCAUCUUUACCUGCUCCAAAAUGCAGUGCCCUGCUGACAAACUGCAGCUCUGAUUAUGCCAUUGUGAUUCUUCUGAACUUCCCAUCAUGUUACAAGUCAUUUUGCUAAUGAACACAGUCACAGGGGCAUCCUCUGGGGAAAACUGUUUAAACCAACUUAUUGUGUUACCUAUUAAUAAUAACCAAGUAAAGCUUAAUCGACUUUUGUUGGGAUUUUGCUAUUUGUGUUUUGUCCCUGCUUGAUGCAAUCAAGCAGCAGGAUUACUGUGGUGUCAGAUUUGGAAGUACUGAUAUUUAUUCUUUGUGCAGUUUACUAGUAAUGGUCACUACCAAAAUCUACAUGUAAGCUUUAGGUUUCAUCAUUGUUUUGGUCAAAAUCAAUUCUUCCUCUUUAAAAACACUGAAGUCUCAAUUCCAUGUGUCUGUGUAAGGUUGUUGCAGGUGGAAUAGUGGCACCAGUGGAUACUCCUGGAAACUGGCCAGUGAAGAAAAAUUGAUUCAUCACCCUAAGAAUACUCUUCUUAUGCUGUGCAAAGCACUGGAUAGAAAGAUGUUGCUCUGUUGUUUAAGGAUUUUUCAAUCAUUUAAGUGUCACAUGCUACUAAUUUUUUUUUCCAGCUCAAAGACCAGAUUUUAGAUCCUGCUUGAGUUUAAAUCCCCUGAAAUCCAUAUUCAGUGGCUCUUUUAUUAAUUAAACUGAAAAGUACUUGAAGGAGUGGCAAUUCCUUUAGGAUAAUGUAAAUAUGUCCUGCUCUUUGUAUGCUGGGGAUGAGGGACACAGUGUUUAAAAGUGGGUAUCUUCACUGGUGUUCUCUGUUGGAAGAAGCUUAACAUGGGUUCUGAUCAUUCUGAGGUGGUUUAAAGCCAGGAUGUCAGUUUUGUGUCUGAGCCUUGUAUAGCCAGGAGCUGGUAUAUGGCCACAAUGUUGAGAUUUUUUUGUUUGUGGGGUUUAUUUUGUUUUGUGUUUGUUUUAUUUUUUGUUUUGAUUUUUUUUGAUUCAUUAUUUGUUAUUCGUAAAAUGGAAGAAUUAUUUUUUGAACGUUUUGUCAUCAGUGGAUUAAAUGUAGUGCUUCAAUCAAAUUAAUCUUUGGGGUUUUUUGUUUGUUUGCCUUUUUAAAAUCUCCCUCUGGAUUAAAGUGUUUAUAAUUACAUUAGUUAACAUUUACUCACUAGGAUUGAAAAGCAAACAUCAAAGACUUGCCCAAAACUGCAAACUCUUUUCUUCUGUAAUGUAGUAUAGAAUGAUUUGAUGCUCAUUGAGUCUUUCUUAACCAUAGCAUAAGAGCCCCUUUCCAUCUCUGAACCCACAGCUGUAGGAACACACAUGGAUACACUAAAUUUCCAUUUCCAGUCAGGCUGCCUCUUCAUCAAUCUUGGCUUCUCUCAUGUUGCAGUUGUAGUACCUGAAUCAGAAAAGCAUCUGGAUAAAAAGCAAUUAUAGCUAUUUGAUUUGAAUGAAAUUAAGGUGGCAUGGUUUGCCAGCUGGGAGAGCCACAGGAGCUGUCUGCCCUCUCCCAGUGCUGCAGACAUACUCUGCAAAAUUCAUUCAGACUUUGCUUUGUGGUGCCCAAUUAGCAGCAAAUGCCAAAAGGGCUCACUUCCAUACAGAGUCUGCCCAAAGGCCCAUCUGAUGUCCCUGCAGACCCCAGCACUCUGACUCCAGACAUCUGAGAUAACAUUUCCCUUGUUCUGUGUUGAGAUAGGACAAGAACAAUGGGGAAGAUGACCUGGGAAAAUCCAGGUUAUAUAAAAUUUCUUUGCCUUGUUAACAUCAGAGAGUUCAUCAUCUGCAGAUACCCAUUUUUCUGUGAUUCCCCUCCCCUUAGAAAGUUGUAAAGUCCAAGAACCUCGUCCAGGGAAAGCAAUUCCUGCAAGGAUCCAGCCAGUCUUGUGGCUUCUUGGGAUAAAGGAGUUGUGCUGAAGGGAUGAGCGUGGCUGACAGCCUGGCUGUGGCUCUACAGGCCCCUUGGGUGGAAGAAUCACUUUACCUGCUCUCAGGACAAAAGUGAGCUGCUUUCUUAUAAACAAUGCUAUUUUUAAAUUGCCCAUUCUGUUUCUGUGGGAUCUCUAAGGAGCAGCAUUUUAGUGACAGAAGCUCAAACCAGUAGUCUGGUCCUUUAGUGGAAUAAUGGCAAACAUGGAUUUAGAGCAGUUUGCAUGCAGAUAAAUAAAGUUCUACCUAAAGGCUUACACUCUUAAUCUGAUGGGCUGGUUGGACAUCAAAAAAUAAUUUCAUACCACAGCAGCAAGUGCAGUACAAAUAUCUGGAGAAGUUUCUAACCAAAGAGUUGAGGAUGAAGUUGAGGAUGAUCUGAUCAGAAAAGAUCACAGCACUUUUCUUUGCAAAGUUCAUUCUGCCUACCAGAAUUGUUGUUCCUUGUUAAUUUGCCCUCCAGCUGGUGAUUGCCUCACCUUUACACUGGUGUCUGACGCUGCUGGUCACUGUUUUUAUAAUCCUUGGUUUUGUAGCUGACAUCUCUGUUUACUUCCUCUGCUGCUGAUCAGAACAGAUCAAGCAGAAGCUUUUUUAGUGGCACUUACAUCAAGAGAGAAAAUAGCCCACUGUUGAUAAAUGAAUUUGUAAUUCAGCUUGUGCAUCUUGGAAAUAUAAAAGCAGGUUUAAGCUAGUGAAAGGUAUGUGCAUGGUGCAGGAGUAACAUGUGCCCCUUUCCUCCUGGCUUGCACCCUUUGUGGUGUGGAGUGGUGACCCAGAGAUCUGGAAGGACUCAAGCUCUCAUGUGGCACUUUAUGCUCUCCAUGCUCUGUGAAAGUGUUCUUUCCUUGCACACCAUAUGUAGCUUAUCAGGUAUUAUUUCUUUUAUAUUUUAAAUGUGAAUAAUGAUUCUUUGUGUGCAAGUGUGGUCAGAAAAAAAGUCUUAAAGGGCAGAGUUAUACUUUCCUUAAUUAAUAAAGAUUUUAGUCUCAUGAGUAUUGCUGGACCCGUUCAGCUGUGAGAGGAUGAUUGCAGUUUGAGAGGCAGCUGGGAAAUCCCGAGGGCUUUCCUGCCUUUCACCAGGUCACACCUGGUUCUCGUUGCCAGUCUUUCACAGGUCAUUAAGUGAAGUUCUUUUCUCUGUCAGAAGGUUCCAAAUUUGGUGUCCAGCUCUGUUGGACCUGGAUGUGUUUGCUCUUUAAUGACCUGGUAAUUUGUGUAGAAAUGCAGCCCAGGGAACCUGGGAGUGGUGCUACAGCAGGAGCCACAAGUGGCUGACAUUCCUGAGGGGAUGCUCUCCUACUAUAAGUAUUACUUUGGCUCGAGUGCUGGUUUUUUCCCCAUCUUUGGGAGUAUUUAUUGCUGCUCUUUGAGUUUUUAACUUUUUAUUCAUGAAGUGAGUAAUGCCUCUGUGAGUCUGCAGCGGGAGCAAAAGGUUCAGGUGGCUCUUUCAGAGCUGCAUGCUGUCAGGCUGUCCACAUGGUUAUUAAACCUUUCCUAUUUGGAGCUCUGCUUCCUAAGUGUUUAGGAGAAAUCAUUUUGCAAUGUGAAAAGAUCUCAGAUGAAAACAUGUUUGGGACUGGAACAUAAAUGCAGAUUAUUUUAGAUUUUUUUUGUCAUGGUUUAGAGGUUAGUUUGGACUUUCAGCUCUCACAGACUGAAUGGGGAGUGAUAUAGAUAUAUUUUUUUUUUCUUUUUUUUUUUUUUUUUUUUAAAUAACUUAUAGUUGGUUUAAGUGAGUCAAACUCAGUUAUUUGUACCUGUUUGCACUCCUGGCUGCCCUGUUGCUGUAUUCUCCCUCAGCAUUCUGUGCUGUCUGGCAUCUGUUUCCCUGUGUAGGAGCACCUCCUGUCCUCCCUGCUGCCUUUGAUUGAGUUCCAAAAUCAAUCUGAGCUUGGGUUCUUACAUCCAAAGCACCUGUGGAGCUAAAGACCAUGUGGAGCUGUGGAUUGAGGACCAUGGCUUUGACAUUGAAUUCCCCACCAGCCCCUCACUGCUUUGCAAGGUCUCAAACCCAGCUAAAAUCUGUGUGCACAAGGCAAAUAUCUCAGGCUGAAAAUUUCAGUAACCUGGGUGCCUAAAGAGCACCAGAGUGUCCUUGUCCCCUCAGCAAGGAGAGUUUGCACUUGAGCUGCUGAGGGCUCUGGGAGGGGCAGGCACAGGAGCUCCUUGGGUAACCAAACUUUUUAUUGGCCUUGGAUUCUGCUCUUUCUUGUGUGCUCAGGUGGAGAUGAUGGGAUGGGAGGGCAGGUCAGGGUUGGUCACACUUCCAGCUCUCAGGAGAGAGCAAGUUUGUUUAUUCUCCUCUGUCUGCACAACACUGCAGGAAAAAGAACUGUAGGAACAUUUCAGAUUUUAAACAUUGUUUCACAGAACAGUAUUCAUUAAUAAAGGAAAAAUUAGUCUGUUUUAACCUGUGUUCCUCAUAACCAGGAUUGUUCCAAAAUACUUGGCUUCUGUUGAUUUAACAACUUUGCCUUUACCUCCCUUGUUCAACGUUACUGUAAAAAAUUGCUUGGUUUCUUUUCCAUUUGUUUUUCAUUGCUUGUAACCUUUUCUUAGAAAUGUGAAAAUAAUUUUCCUUACAUGUUUUAUGCACCAAAAUAAACACACCACUGAUCA